UGAGGAAAGAUGGCGGCGUGCACUCGGUGGCGGUUGGUGCACGCGCUGGGUUUGAAUGGCGGGCAGCAGUUGAGAGUGGGCCGCGCGGGGCUGGUCACUGAGGCGGCCCCAAACCCGACUCCCCGGUACCCGCCCGUCCUACCGUCCCGCACCGCCAAAAGUAAGUCAGCUCAAAGGCGGAGGCUGGACGAGCUUUUCCAGCGGGUACACGGGGCCCCCUCGGUGUCAGAGAAGAUCCGGCUCCUGACCCGGAUCCAGCGGCUCAAGUACGUCGUGUAUCCGCAGACGCUGUCUCUGGAGGCGGACCGCUGGUACCAGAGCUUCACCAAGACCGUCUUUGUGCCGGGACUGCCCGGCCGCCUGAGCGGCUCCGAGCCCGGAGCCGAGCCUGAUCUCGGCCGCCUCAGGUCCCUGGUGUGCGAGGCGGUGUCGCAGGAGAACUUCUACGUGAAGAGGCGGCGGCCAUUCCUGUAUCGGGAGAGAGAGCAGACGGUGCUGCCGCUCCUCGGGAGCCUGGUGCCGCGGAUCAUCAGCGCCUUGGCCGCGGAAAACCCGCUGCUCGGAGUCUCCUCCCUGGAUUUUCAACCGGAUGUUAACUUUUACUGGUUGCGGGGUGAACGAACUGUUCCUCGGGGUCAUCGGAAAGGACGAGUAGAUCCUAUUCGCUUCCAGAUUGAUGACAAGCCUUACUGCCAAAUUCGAGUUCCUAAACAACUCCCUGAGUUUGUGCCCUUAGAACACUCAGUUCUUGAAGAUGUUCCUGUUAUUCAUGUAGAACCAUGCCGACUUCCAUUAUUUCAACGGCAAUAUGACAACAAUAUUUUCAUUGGUUCAAAGAUUUCUGAUUCUUCCUGUUAUGGACACACCCAAUUUCAUUUUGCUUCUGAGAAAUUGAGGAGAGAAAAACUAAUAAAAGACAACCUACCCGACCAGAUUGAAGUGCGUUUACGUGCCAAUGGUAUUGCAAGUUUGUUUGCUUGGACUGGAGCACAGGCAAUGUAUCAAGGAUUCUGGAGUGAGGCAGAUGUAACCCGACCAUUUGUUUCUCAAGCUGUGAUUACAGAUGGAAUUUAUUUCUCCUUCUUUUGCUAUCAAUUGAACACCCUAGCUCUGACUGUCAGUGCAGACCAGCAUAACAAUCGCAAAAACAUUUGCUGGGGGACAGAAAGUAUGCGCCUGUAUGAGGCUGUUGAAGGUGACAAUGUGAUAGGGUUCAAUUAUGAAGUCCUGAGCCUACUUGUUCGCUUCUUACUCAAUAGACCAGAAUCAGUGGAAAGUAACCUAAGUGGAAUGUAACAUUUUGAACGUUUGUAAGUACUUUAAAAAUUGUAACAUAUGUUGAAAAUACAUAUAUCUAUGCAUUUCAAUUUUAAGUGCUUAAAAUACAUUAUUCAGAAAUGCCCCAGCAUUUUUUUCUUGUGAAGUUUUUUUAUGAAAUGAAUGGGAAUUUUCUGUAUCACAUAUAUAUCCCUAAUGUUUGUUUAAAGUCCAUUCCAACUUGUUAACCACGCAUUUUAAGUGUUAAGAUAAUUGAAUAGAAGACUUGCGAUAGUUGGGUCAGAUUUGAUGGGGACUAAUAAAACUAUAUUAUUUGCAUGAUUGGUUACAAUCAGGAUGUGCUGAAUAGGAAAGGCAAUAGAGAUGUUUAGGUAUCUGAAAUAUAAUGUAAAUAGUCCCUAGGGCAAAGCAUCAAAAGAAAAGUGUGCAAAGAUGGAAAAUAACUGAGCAACUUCUAAAGUGUAAGGAAGGUUUGUGUAAACAAAUCAUGUUAAUCUAAUGUAAACUUGCAUGUAUUCUUGCCUAAUCUGUAUCAAAAAAUGAGAAGUGGUCAAGAAAACAUCAGGAAUAAAUUAGUGGCAAGUGGCCAGUAAAAUUAUUAAACCAACAUCCAGUUAUCUUUAGGGUUAAUUUUAUAAGAAAACGUUUAAACAAAUUGACCUCGUGGAGAUGCAUGAGGGACUGUUGGGAAAGGGUGUAAUAAUGAGUACAGUAAACCUUGAAGAAUCGGAUGCUUUUGAAAUGAGAUUUUUGAAUAUUCACGAAAAGAACCAGACGAGCAUUUCAAAUUGUAAUGAACAAAUGAGAAUAUGAAGUGAAAUCAGGAAAGCUUUCAAAACCUGUAAAUAGAAAUGCAGCACAUGCAACAGCUGUUUCAGCCUCAUUGUAUGGAUGCCUAUGAAAUGCAUUGCCAUUUGAAGAGCCUCACUGCUUGAACUCUGAGCCCCACGUCUUCAGAACAUAGUCACCCACUCCAGCUGUGGUCAAAACAUUUUCAUCCAUUGUGCACAUUAUUUACAGUAUAAUGGAAGGCAACAGUGAUUGCUCCUGAAGCAGUCUUUAUACUUCCCCCAGUCCCAACCCAACCUGUCCACUGAAAUUUUCAUCUGUCGAUUUUACAGCCCCAGUGCAGGCAUGUGAAGUAAAUGUGCUAGAUCUCAUAGUUCAUUUCUCUGUGGAAACUAGUGUGUUGCUUACAGGUGAUGAACUCCCUCCUGUGUGAUUUCUUUCCCUCCUGUGUUCUAUCGUAUCCUUCCAUUAUAUUAUUAAGUUGCCCCACUUCAGUGAUCCUCUCUGCAUUCUAGCUUUCUGAUUCCAAUGUGUAUGUUAUUUUCAGUCUCUCUUCCUACAGUAAUUGGAGCCUGAUAAUCCCUCCUUAACUCUUUAUGGUUUGACCCCUAGGACUGAUUAUGGUCCAUUCUCUUGAGCAACUUGAAAACAAAAACAAGUUGCUGGAAGAGCUCAGCAGGUCUGGUAGAUCAGUGAAGAGAAGUGAGUGUUAACGUUUUAGGUCCGGUGACCCUGACUGGUAACUGUUCAGUUCCCUGAUUGAAUUCCUGUAAUUCUGCAGACUGGUUGCACUGGACCCACAGGUAUGGUAAUGGCUCCCUCCCCAAACUGUAGAAAGAGACUCUUUGACCCUGAUCACCCAAGUCACCUACUGACUGUGGUUUUGCCCCAGAAUAAAUUUAGAGACUGGUCUUGACUUAUCGUGUCAUCAGUAUGGUGAGAAAUGGCCAUUUGAUUGAUGUACAUGCAGUGUUUGGUGCAUACAUGGUUCAGAUGUGAGAUUGACCAAACAACUCUGACAUUCUGCAAAAAGACCACCCCCUAGACUGAUGAUUUCUGGCAAGCUACUUGGCUUUGCGUGUCAAACUGCAAGACUAGUCAGAAGCCGUGUGAGCCUUUAAGAUGUGGCUGAGGAGAUAAAGUGUUAAAAUGCAAGGCAAGAUGGAUGUGGUGAGCAUGAGGUAGAUGUGAAGUGAAUGCGUGCUAACAAGGGAGUUACAGAGCGAAUGGUCUUUGCAGAAUACUGAUAGGGAUGGAGACGGAAAUAUAUCUUUGGUAGGGUCUCCUGAUAGUCGAUGGCAGCAAUGUCACACUGUGUGUGCAACUCUUGCCAAAGGAUGUUGAUACCUGGUGUUUAACAAGAAGGUCUGAAGGAAUAAACGGUCAGCUGGUGUCAUGGGUUUUUGGUUUCUAAUGUCUAUCCAAAAGAUGUGAGAAUGGGAGCCUGAAUUUAAUGAGGUCAGGACAAAAAUGAGGAGGAUAAUGAGCAAAAGUCCCUGUUAAUCAGCCGCUCGUUAGUAAAAAUGGCAGAUGGAAUAUAAUGUGGGGAAAUGUGAGGUUAUGUAUGUUGGUAGGAAGAGGAUCUGGAUAUUGUUUUAAUUGAGAAAGACUGCAAAAAAAACUAUGGAAUCGGGAUUCGGGACACCAAAUCCAUGAAUCACAAGAAGCUAGCAUUCAGCUUCAGUAGGUAAUAGGAACGACAAAUGGAAUCUGGGCUUUAUUUCGAAGCUAAUGAAAUGUGAAAGUAAGGAGGUUUUGCUAAAACUAUAUAAGUCACUAGUCAACUUUGCUGUGAUACUGUGAACAGUUUUGGGCCCUGUAUCUAAGAAAAGAUAAACUGGUAUUGGUGGCAGUCCAGAGAAGGUUCAGUAUGCUGAUACCUAGUAUGGACGGACUGUUUUAUGCAAAGAAGUCGAGAAGAUUGGGCCAGUACUUGUUUGGAACUACAAGAAUGAGAGUUGAUCUUAUUGAAACAUACAAAAUUCUUGAAGGGCUUCAUAGGGUAGAUGAAGAAAGGUUGUUUCCUUGUGGGAGAAUCUAGGACCAGAAGACAUAAUCUCAGAAUAAGGGGUUGCACUCUUUGGUAGGAAACCUAGAAGGAAAUGGGCCAAAUACAGGGAAAUGAGACUAGUUUAGUUUAGGAAACCAGGUUGGCAUGGGUGAAUUGGCCGUGAAUGGUUUCAUGGUCAUCAGUAGAUUCUUAAUUCCAGAUUCUUUUCAAAAUUCAAAUUCUACCAUUUACCAUGGUGGGACUUGACCUUGGUUCCCCAGAACAUUGAAUGAGUUUCUGGAUUAGUAGUCUAGCAAUAUUACGACUAGGCUAUCACCUUACUUUACCUAUAUGGCAGAACAAAGUUGAAAGGCCUACCUUUGCUCCUGUUAUGUCAAGAGUCUUGUCUCAACAUCUGGUCUUCACUCGAAAAUGUGACUUGCUCUUAAUAUCGAGAAAGGCCUUGCUCGACAUCUCUCAAUUCUACCAAAUUAUUUCUCUAGCCCAUGUCAUCCAGAGCCUUGAAAGAUUAGAAGCUGUUCAAGGGUUUUUCCUCCGAUGCAAUAAUUCUUAAAAUUGUACUUGCGACAUGAUGACAACAGAUAAAUUACCUUAAGUUGUUCGGUUUACAAAGGGGAAUAUUAGUUUUGUUUGAUAAUUGAAAAGCAAGCAAAUAAGCAGCUGCAAGUAUGCAAACUUGCAAAAGCAAUGAAUGUACCACUACAUUAGAAAAUGCAGGUGCCACCUGAUUUUGAUGUCAAACCACAUUCUUCAUGUUUAUGCCGUAGGAAUAUGACAUCAUUGAUUUGGUGACUAAAGCAUGACUAUUCAAUUAGACUGUGCAGGUUUUACUUUCUGUUAAUAUUUGCUUAUCAUUGAUCAAUUGUGUUAUGGGGCAAGGUACAAUCAGUUGCAUUGGUAGAAAAAAAUUACAAAUUGUUUUUGACAAUACAGUGAGAAUAUGCAUUGUUUAUUUGUCAACUUGAUUUAAAAAAAAAUUAAUGCAAGUUGAGAAGUUUUAUUUGCUGACCUUAUGGUUGGUAUUUAUUAGAAUGGUUUGGCACUUAAGCAGAAAAGUGCAUUUUCAAUUUCAUGUUAUUCGCAAUUGAAAUUCCUUUCCUUUUUGUUUUGCGAAUUCAUUUUUCACAAUUAUAAUACUGUACUAAUUUCCACUACACAGGUGAAUGAAAUCUAUAAAAAGGCUUUUAUUUUUACUAUGUAGACUGAUAUUUACCUUUUUCUAAUUCCACUGGAUACAUUAAUCCAAAUACAGUUCUGAAACAGCUGGACAUUUUUUUUUAAAUCCAACAUAAUUUAAGUGUUAAGGUGUGUUGACUCACCUCUAAAAUAAUGCAUUGUUAUUUAAUGUUCGGUCAUUGCUGUGUUCGAGUGCAGCAAUUUGCUGUCAUAUUCAGGCAGUAGGCCCAGAAUCCCCAUAGUGCAGAAAGAGGCCGUUGGUCCAUCCCUGACCCUCCAAGGUUGAACAUCUCACCCAGAUUUCUACCCUAUCCCUGUCAUCUCUAACAUACUGUGGCUAAUCCAUCUAGUCUGUAUAUCCCUGGACACUAUGGAUAAUUUAGCAUGGCCAACCCACUUAAUUUACAUGUGCUUGACAGUGGGAGGAAACCAGAGCACCUAACAGAAACCCACACAGAUAUGGAGGAGAAUAUACAAGCCCCACACAGGCAGUAACCAAAGGCUGGAACUGAACCUGGGAGGCUGGCACUGAGGCAGCAGUGUUGACCACUGAUCCAGCAUGCUGCCCUGUAUGUAGGUAAGACAUUAAAUAUAGGUCAUGGAAAAUGUAGGCAAUACCUUAUUUACAAUUCUAGGAUAGUACAAGUCAGUGUGAGCUGAAGUGAGGACAACAGGUAAAUGUGUGACUUUCUUUGUACUCCUUCAGCCUAAACUAAAACUGAGUUGCUACUCUUCUGGGUGCCCUGGCUGCCACUAAGAUUGAGUCCCUCUCUGUGGAAAUAGCUUCUGGUCGAGCACCAAAAUAGCAAUUCCCAGAGUGGUGAUUUCUUUUCCAACAGCUAUGAGAUAAUUAUUUUUGAAAUCAUAGAGGAGAUUUGCAGCCUCAAGUGACCACUGUUUCUGAUGGCACUGCUGAGGCAGGUGCCAUUUUAAAUAGGACAGUAACCCUGGUGUUUAGUUACAUAAAAUUGUGGGAGGGAGGAAUACUGGUGGCUACCAAUGAGUGCCCACGAUCAGAUUUCCUGGCUGACAUCAAGGUGUCUGGCCUGUCAUCAAAACUUUUAGUAACAGUAGUUCAUUCUUCUUGACUCUAAAGCCAGUGAUUAAAUCAAAAUUCGUAAAGGGAUACUUGGCUUUGAAUCUUAACCCUUAGGUAUGAUUAUACCACAAUUUUUGAAUUGAUUUUAUAACGCAAUUGUGCAGGUUUCCAGUGUGAUUUCAUAAGGUCUUGGAAGUAUUCUAAUCUGCUUUAAAACCAAAUACUGCAUAUGUUGGAAUUCUGAAAUAGAAACAGAAAUUUGAAGUCAGGCAGCAUCUCUAGCGGAAAUAAUGAUCUUUUUUAAUCUUUCAUCAGCUUGAUGUC